AGGAAGUAGUAAGAGAAGGGAGGACAGACAGUCCCACGAUUCAGUCUGUUCUCCUCCUCCUUGCCCUGAGUAGUUAUUUUCACCAGUACCCCUCUCCUCCCCCCCAAAACAUCCAUUCUGGUCCAACGCUGAGGCAGGGUGUGUGGUGUUAGGGCUCAGCACUCCCUUGUGCAAGUCUGAGGAAGAGGAGAGAGCGGGACAGGGGUACUGAACAUCGAGGGGAAACGUAAGUCUUCAUCACCUGCCGCAAACAGCUGCUGCUGUGUCCCCUAAAGACACCGACAGAACCCAGUGAACAGUCCCAUACAGUAUACUGGACAUGGAGGCGGGACCUGAUGAGGGAGCAGUGGGGGCUGCGUCUGCCAACGAGGCCUCCGAGACGACCCCCAGCGACACGUCGUCAGGCACACUGACCAGUCAGCAGCUAGCUGCUAUUGAGGAUGAAGAAGUCCUGAAUAAACUGUUGGAUAAGGCUGUGGAUUUUGAUGAAAGGCGAAUGAUCCGCGCUGCAUUGAGGGACCUGCUCAAGAAGAAGAGAGAGAAACGAGAGAAAGAGCGGGGGUCACGGCAAGAUGACCUGAGACAGCAGGCUUUGAGUAAAGCAGGCACAGGACGAAUGGGAAUGAACAGGGGCCAGACCAGCAAUCACCAGCCUAAAUCCCACAUGCACAGCCAAUUUCCUGCGUCAACCACCAGCUCCUUGUCUAAGACAACUAGCAGCAUGGCCAACCCAGCUAUGGCAACAGCCCAUCAGUCUUCCCCUGUCGCUGCAGCACCCAACAUGAAAAAUGUCAAGCAGAUGUUACUGGAUUGGUGCAGGGCCAAAACCGAACCAUAUGAGGGGGUGGAAAUCCACAACUUCUCCUCCAGUUGGAGUGAUGGCAUAGCGUUCUGUGCGCUGGUGCACAGGUUCUUCCCAGAUGCAUUUGAGUACUCCAUCCUCAACCCCAACGCACGCAAGGACAACUUUGAGCUGGCCUUCAGCACUGCAGAGAGGCUGGCAGAUUGCCCCCCUCUUCUGGACGUUGAAGACUUGCUGCGGAUGCGUGAGCCUGACUGGAAGUGUGUGUACACAUACAUCCAGGAGUUCUACCGAUGCCUGGUGGAGAAAGGCCUAGUUAAAACCAAAAAGAAACUCUAAAUACACUGUUUCACAGUAUACUUAAAUACAUGUUGCGUCCACGUGCCAUGGGGAGGGGAUAUAAACGUUUGCAAUUUGCUGCAGCAGCUUGUAAGCACAUAGCUGGGAUUUUGAUUAUUUGUGUCUUUUUUUAUUGUUUUGUGUGAGCUUACACUUAUCUGUGUAUGUUUUCAGAAGACAGCUGGCACUUAGGAUCUGUACAUUCCACUAAGAUUACACAUCUACAUUAAUCUGUCAGAGCCAUAGGGAAUCUGUGAAUGGCUUUUUGGGGUGCUGAGGUGCUGUGCCCUGACUAUCAUGCCUUUUUGUGUGUAGGCUAUGUAUGGAUUAAAGAUACUGUGCAUGAGGUCAAAUAUAAUGUGAAUGAUGUGAUUUGAUUUGUGAACAUUUAUUUUGUUCUGAUCACAUUUUAGAGUAGGCCUAGCCUACCACAUUUCUAUUAUGGGGAACCCAUACCAUUUUCAGCCUGAAAGCCUGAUUGUUGCCCAAUCAUUACCGUGUUUGGUAACUGUAAAAAAAAAAAAAGGAAAAUAUCACUGAAGUCUAUUCUAAGGCUGUGGCUCACAGUAAGACUGAUUCAUUCUAAACUACUCGGGACCACCAUGUGCUCAGGAACAGACUAGAAUCAUACUAUAUAAACACAGAGUUGCAAUAUCUUUAUUUUCAUUGUGAAUGGGUUGGGGGGUGCAAAAUAGGGGAGGGUUUUGUUUUGGGGAGAGUUGUGUGUUUUUUUUUUUAUUGGACACAGGGGAGGGUCAUUUACUCUUCUGCUUGCAUGCACCUCCUCUAGCAAGGUUGUUUGGUACUUUUCCGCCAGCUAACUAUACCACAGGUCAAUAUAGUCUCCAAGUCGAACUGUAUAUCCUGCCCUCUAUCUACCAUUCAUAGUGACAAUAGUGUUAGGUGGAUCGAUUGUCCUGAUCUGCAAUAGGUUAACUAGCCAAAUAUUCAAAGCUGCAUACAUUUUCAAUAUAAAUCCACAAGAACAAGGAGGAAUAGCUGAUUGGCAGUGAAGAGGCCAGGUGUGUCAUUGUGUAUGAAAGAACAGUGAAGACAUGAAACAUGCAGCUCAAAAGCUCCCCUGUUGAUCUUGUUGAGGGACAAUAAAAGUAACUAGUGUAGCCUAGAAUGCCACAAUGCAAUGAAUACUUGUAUUAUGGUGAGUACAAAAGUCUACUCUAAGCUGUAAACUGAAGUAAAAAUAUAAUUUGAAUAAAUGGCACAACGCCCUGUGA